AUGUCUGUGGCUUCUCCCAUGUCCGCUGCAAGCUUCAGCAAAUCCCUCCUCUUUGCCUCCCCGACACCUGCACAGACAUCGACAAGCAGACAUGAGCGUCAGCAAUCAUACUCCCCCACAGCAACCUUCAGCUCUGUUCCCUCCCACCUCCGCACGCACUCUCUCCAGCGACAGGCAAGUACUUCCAGCACCUUCGCUCCAAAGUUCAUCAAGUCCGAGGAGAUGAGGAAGAGCGAAGAUAGAAUCUCGGCUAUUGAAGGCGAGAAUGACUUCUCUGGCAAGCGCUACGUAUGGGUCAAAGAUCCUGAAAAGGCAUUUAUUCGGGGAUGGAUAACAGAAGAUCUUCCUGGAAAUAAGGUCCUUGUGCAGUUCGACAAUGGUUCAUCAAUAGAGACGGAUGUCGACGAGGUGGAUAAGGUCAACCCAGCCAAGUUUGACAAAGCCGACGACAUGGCAGAGCUCACCCAUCUCAACGAAGCCUCUGUCAUUCACAACCUCUAUACGCGAUAUCAGGCUGAUUUAAUCUAUACAUAUUCCGGCCUGUUCUUGGUGACCAUCAACCCUUAUUGUCCCUUGCCUAUUUACGGCAACGACUACGUCCGGAUGUACAAAGGCCAAACGCGAGAAGACACCCGCCCUCAUAUCUUUGCCGUCUCCGAUGCCGCCUUCCGCAGGCUGGUGGAAGAGGGUGAGAAUCAGAGCAUAUUGGUGACGGGGGAGUCCGGUGCAGGCAAGACUGAGAAUACGAAGAAGGUCAUCCAAUACCUCGCUGCGGUUGCCACCUCAGAUCUCGACACACCUCUGACAGGGAGGACGCCCGGGAAGCAGCUUUCAAAUCUCUCUCAGCAAAUCCUUCGUGCCAAUCCGAUCCUCGAAUCCUUUGGCAACGCCCAGACUGUCAGAAAUAACAACUCCUCGAGGUUCGGCAAGUUCAUUCGCAUUCAGUUUACUCGGUCUGGGCAGAUCGCAGGAGCCUUCAUAGAUUGGUAUCUGCUCGAAAAGUCUCGAGUGGUCAAGAUCAGCCAACAAGAACGAAGUUAUCAUGUCUUCUAUCAGUUACUGGCUGGGGCCGAUCAAAGAAUGAGAGAUUCAUUGCUUAUUUCAGGCAUGGAUGUCGAGGACUUCGCAUAUACCCGAGCCGGUAAUGACACCAUUGGCGGUGUGUCCGAUCGUGACGAGUGGAACACAUUGAUCGAAGCAUUCCACAUCAUGAAUUUCUCCGAAAAAGAGCAAAUGGCCGUGUUCAGAACGGUUGCCGCUAUUUUACAUCUCGGCAAUGUUGCAGUCCGGCAAGAAAGCAGAGCAGGAGACCAAGCUUCACUUGCCCCAGAAGCCCGAAGUUCGGUAGACAAGGCAUGUCGAUUACUGGGGGUUCAAUCAGACCCGUUUGUGAAAGCUCUUCUUCAUCCGAAAGUCAAAGCCGGACGGGAAUGGGUGGAGAAAACCCAGACCCCGGAGCAAGUUCGUCUUGCUCUAGAUGCUCUGGCCAAAGGCAUCUAUGAGCGUGGCUUUGGAGAUCUCGUGUCGAAAAUCAAUCACCAACUGGACAGAGGAGGCGUCAGUAGCGAUGACAGCCACUUUAUCGGAGUACUUGACCUGGCUGGUUUUGAGAUUUUUGAGACGAAUAGUUUCGAACAGCUCUGUAUCAACUACACCAACGAGAAGCUGCAACAGUUCUUCAACCACUAUAUGUUUGUUCUGGAGCAGGAGGAAUAUGCCCGUGAGCAGAUUGAGUGGCAAUUCAUUGACUUCGGCAAAGAUCUACAACCAACCAUCGAUUUGAUCGAGCUGCCCAACCCUAUUGGAAUCUUCUCUUGUCUCGACGAAGACUCGGUCAUGCCCAAGGCUACGGACAGAUCCUUUACCGAAAAGCUCAACUCAUUGUGGGAGAACAAGACCACGAAAUAUGCUCCUGCUCGAACGAGGCAGGGAUUUAUCCUCACCCACUAUGCUGCAGAAGUUGAGUAUUCAACCGAAGGCUGGCUGGAAAAGAACAAGGACCCUUUGAACGAUAACCUGACCCGGCUGCUUGCUGCUUCCAAAGACGAUCACAUUGCGAACCUCUUUUCCGACUGUGUUGACGAGGUCGACGAGCCAUAUAGCCCCCGAAGUCGAGUCAAGAAGGGCCUGUUCCGCACCGUGGCGCAACGACACAAAGAACAAUUGAGUAUCCUGAUGAGACAGCUCCAUUCAACCCAGCCUCAUUUCGUCCGCUGCAUUCUACCCAACCACAAGAAGAAGCCCAAACAGUUUGUUGCUCCUCUGGUACUGGACCAGUUGAGGUGCAAUGGUGUGCUUGAAGGAAUCCGGAUUGCACGUACGGGUUUCCCCAACCGUUUGACUUUUGCAGAAUUUCGGUCCAGAUACGAGGUAUUGUGCGAGAACAUGCCAAAAGGGUAUCUUGGGGGCCAGGAAGCCGCAAAGAUAAUGCUUGAUCGACUCAAAAUGGACCAGUCCAACUAUCGCGUGGGCUUGACGAAGGUCUUCUUCCGCGCAGGAGUUCUGGCCGAUCUGGAAGAGCAGCGCGACAGUCUGAUCAGAGAGAUCAUGUCCAAUUUCCAGUCUGUUGCUCGAGGUUUCAUGCAACGACGCUUGGCUUUCAAACAACUGUACCGCGCGGAAGCAACAAGGGUGAUUCAGCGAAAUCUCAACGUAUAUCUUGAUCUCCAAGCCAACCCGUGGUGGCGGCUUUUUGUUCGCAUGAAACCCUUGCUGGGAGCGACUCGAACUGCAAGUGAAGUCAAGAAGCGAGAUGAGAAGAUCGAGCAACUGCAAGCAAAGGCGAGGCAGGAUGCUGCAGAAAGACAGCGGGUGGAAGAGGAACGGAGACGCGCAGAAAUUGAAGCUCACCGGAUACAACAGACCCUGGAUUCAGAACGGGCGCUAGCUCUUGAUAAAGAGGAAAUAUUCAAGCGAUUGCAGUACCGUGAAAGCGAACUGAGUGAGAAGCUGGCAGAGGCGAUUGCUGAGCAAGAGGCUCUGGAAGAUCAACUGGAUGAAGCAUUAGAUUGCAAGAAGAAGACGGAAGAAGAGCUGGUCACUCGUCGGGAACAGGUUCUGCAGGCUGGCCAGAUCAUAACGAGAUUGGAAGCGGAGAAGAAAGAGCUUCAACGACAGAUCGAUAAACUGGAAGAGGAGCUGGAGAGUGUGGAGAAGUCGCAUACACAGAAUGAUGACAGGCUCGAAACCAUCAGCCAGGAACUUCGUUCGUUGCGAAGCAAUCUCAGCGUGAAGGAUCGCAAAAUAUCUGAACUCGAGUCAAAUCUACAGCAAGCAGAAAAGGACAAGGAGAGUCGCACUUCUAGCCUUGAGCACGAACUUCGAUCUCUGAAAAGCCAAGUCGCACAACGCGAUCGGGCUGCUGAAAGCCUGGAACAGGAGAUUCGUUCGCUGAAGAGCCAGCUCUCCCAGAGAGACAGAGCGACUGAAGAUCUGGAAAAGAAACUUCAUCGAGCCGAAUCCCAGAGGGCGGAAGAGAACAGAAGGCAGGCCGAGGACUUUGAUGUGCAGGUCCGCUCGUUACGCAACGAACUGAGCGCCAAAGAGCGCAAACUACAGGAGCUCGAGACAGCAUUGUCCAAAAUUGACAAGGACGCCGAGGCCAAACUGUCGCAAGCCACGGGGGAAUUGUUCAACACGAAGAAGCAGCUCCGAGAAAGCCAGGGUCAGAAUGAAGAGCUUAGGAAGCAAAUCACGAGCAUAUCACAGGCCUCUGUAAAGCAUGAAGAAUCACUGCGUCGAAAAGAAGGCGAGCUAUCAGCGAUCAUGGCAGAUAUUGAGCGACACCAGCGAGAAAAGGCCGACUUGCGAAAGGAAAACGACAGAUUGAAGGGAGGGCAUGAGGAUUUGGCGGCGCAAAAGAGAGAAGUGUUGGCGCAGGUGGAAAUGAUGCGAGAACAACGGACAAAGAUGGAGAAGGAGGCGGUGGAGGUUAAGAAGUGUUUGGAACGGGUGAUGCCCUUUUUCUCCCAGAAUUUCUCGUGA